AUGGGAAGAUUUGUGGCUGAGCUGCUUCUGCUCCUGCUCGUUUCUACAGGACAAGUUUAUGCAGUGUCAUUCUACGGCAACAGCUCCAUCCACCUGCAGACAGCAGAAGCCUCCUUUCAAACUUUGCUCCGUAUACAGUUUAGAACUUCUAGUCAACAAGGCCUGUUAUUCCUGGCAGUUGGUCCCAGAGACUUCAUGUUGUUGGAGCUGACCUCUGGGUGCCUGCAGGUACAUGUGGACCUCGGCUCAGGUGAGCGGUCUCUGCGCUUAGAAAGUGACACCAGCCUCAGUGAUUUGCUGUGGCACUCAGUCGAGGUCAUUCACAACCAUCAUCGUGUCUCCAUGACUAUGGACGGACGUUUUCACACUCGAGUCCAUAUGCCGGGACCGGAUUUGGAGCUAAGUGUGGACUCACUUUUUGUUGGCAGUGCACUCGGGCUUAAUCAUCCUCAUCUGGUCAACAUCUCCAGUGGAUUUAGAGGUUGUUUAGAUGAAGCGGUUUUCAAUGAACUAAAUCUGCUGUCCAGUUUGAGGCCUUAUACUGGCUAUGAGAGUGUCCAUGAGGUGUCUCUGGGGUGUAGUCAGCUGUUUUCUGCAACGGAAGAUGAUUCCAUCCAUUUUUUCAGCUCAAACGCAUUUAUCACGCUGCCAACAUGGGAAACGGAACCAGAAGGGGUUUUUGAAUGUAAGCUCCAUCUCUCUGGGAGAGAAGAUGAUGGUUUAGUCCUGUAUAGCGCAAUUCAUCAGGGGGCUGUUGUAUUAGAGAUCAGAGAAGGUCACCUGGUGGCAAUAGUUGCAACCACAGAAGGGCGUAGGACUGAAUUGUAUUCAAAUACAAAACUUCACAGCAACCUCACAUGGUAUCCCAUUCAGCUGCACAUAUUACCCUACAGUGUAGAGCUGAAAGUAGGUGAAGAGCUGCUCCAGGCUAGUCUGAGUCCAGCAUUGGAGCUCAUGCAACUGAAAGGACCACUUUUUCUGGGGGGCUUGGAAGAACAAACUUGGAUUGACGCAAUGCAAACUGGCCUUGUAUCUUCAAAGGCCGACUGGAAGGUAACUGACGGCGGAGGUUCUUUUAGAGGCUGCCUUAGGGAAAUAAAAGUCAACAGUCAAAUAACAGGCCUUCCUCAUGUGAUCAUCUCCAAAGACAUUUCUGUGGGCUGUAAAAUGGGCCAAACAUCAGAUAAUGUGUCCAACAACAUUCCAACACAUAUUCCAGAAUUACAUACUCUGACCGAGAAAGAGAUGGAUGACAGAAACAACUCUACCAUCCUGUUUCUGAGAAGUCUCGAGGUAGCAGAAGGCAGCUGGGCAGUGCUAGAGCCCAAACAUAUAAAGGUGAAUCUUGAUUUCACAAAGUUGGGCUUACAUCCAUCUGAGUUUAUGUUCCGCAUUGAGAAGCAGGGAGUCCACGGGAACCUGCAGCUUGACUCCAGCCCUGAAGAUCCGAAAGGAAGGGAGGAGGCUGAUCUAGUUUUUAGCAUGCUUGACCUCUGGCAGGGUCGUGUGGCAUACGUUCACAGUGGCUCUGAAGGACUACAUGACUGCUUCAUGUUCUCCGUCUUUUCAAGCACCAAGGAGAUCCAAGUGUAUCUGAAAGAGUACCAAUUGUACCAGUUUGAUAUCAACAUAAGUCCUGUUAAUGAUGCACCUAUGCUUAGCCUGCCGAAAGGAAAUGUUUUUAUGCUUCUUCAGUAUACAAAACGACAGCUGACAAAAGAUUUGCUGGAUGUAUCAGACCCCGAUAGCAGUGAAGCUGACCUUGUCUUCAGCGCCAUGGGAAACUUUGAAGAGGCCGGCCAUCUUGAACACAUAGAUCAACCCAACAGGGCUGUAAAAGUGUUCUCCCUGCAUGAUUUGGAGGAAGGUAAGAUUAGCUUUGUCCACACAGGUGUCUCCAACUCCAGAAUGGCACUCAGGAUCAGCGACGGUCAAAAGUUCAGCACUACUGUCAUUUUAAGGAUCCAUGCGGUGGAGCUUGCGUACAAUUUGGUGAAUAACACCGGAUUGGAGGUGAACCAGGGUGAAGCAUCUUUCAUCAACACCAAUCAUCUAGCAGUACAAAUUAAUGUGGCUGAUCAGCCAGUGGAAAUUCUUUAUGAUGUCACAGAGCUUCCUCAGUUCGGUGAACUCCAAUGUUUACACUCAAGUGGCAAAUGGAAACCAACAAAAUCUUUCUCUCAAAAGCUUCUGGCAAAAGAACAAAUCAGGUAUCUCAGUACUUUCCGUGGCAUUCAGACUCAGAAUGUCACUGACCAGUUCAAAUGCAAAGUUAGCAUUGGCUCUCUUGCCACAGAGAAGUUUGUGUUUGUCAUUCGGGUACGAUGGAUUCAUUUUAAGGUCACAAGAAGUAAGAUGGAAGUCAAUGGUGUCCUGAAAGUUGUUGUCACGCCUGAAGACCUUCAUGUGAUUACCAAAGGUGUCAAACUCAGUGAAAGUGACCUUUAUUUCAGACUUUUAACGGAACCCAAGAAAGGUCAGCUAUUGCUCAUUGAUAGAGUUCUAAAAAGAGACUCCACUUUCAGCCAAAAGAAUAUCACCGAUGGCUUGGUGACUUAUGAGCUGUUUGCUCAGCUGCCCGAUGACAACAGAGACAUAUGUAGCUUUCAGGCAUUUUCCACCCUCGCCAACUCAACAAGUCACGACUUCAGAAUCCACAUCAGAACUGAGUUAACAGAUUUCACCAUUGUAAACAAAGGCCUUUCAGUCACGGAAGGAGGAAGCGCAAUCAUUACGAAAAGUACUCUCUUCACUCACACAGCAAGCAACCGUGAGGUCCACUACAGUAUUACGGAGCAUCCAAGGCACGGUCAAAUAAGGAGGAACAACCUCUCAAACUCAACGUUACAAAAUGACAACACUGUAGGUUACUUCACCAAUCAAGAUAUUAUUGAAGAAAGGGUAAUGUAUGUACAUGACGACAGCGAGACGAAGCAGGAUUCGUUCACUUUUCAAAUUGUGGUCUACAAACCAACCAAACUCAGUGGCAAAAAGGAGGAAAGAAACACAGCGGAACACAUCGUGAACAUCUCGAUUCAACUCAUCAAUGAUCAGCGACCUGUCAGGGUCAUCGAUAAAGUUUUCCACGUUGCCCGAGAUGGGCAGAGGUUAGUGACUUUGAAUGACCUUUGUUACCAGGACGAUGAUUCAGACUUUGAGGACGACUGGUUGAUAUACACCCGGAGGGGGAUUCCAAUGGGAGAGCUGGUCCAGGCCAGUGCGCCAAAUCAGAAACUCUACGAGUUCACACAGCGAGAUCUUAAGCAGAAAAAGGUGCUGUUUAUGCACAACGGAGUCAGCUUUGGUCGUUUCGUCUUUUUUGUGUCAGAUGGGAAACAUUACGUGUCUACCUUAAUGGAGGUGAAGGCAGAGGAUCCCUACCUUGAAGUGAACAACAACACAGGCCUUGUGGUCCAACGGGGUGGGAUAACAACUCUGACCUCAUGCAACCUCAGCAUUUUCAGUAACCUUGACAUCAGAGAGUCACAGCAAGUCACGUUUGAGGUCUUCCUUCCACCCAAACACGGUGUCCUCCACUUUAAGGGAGCCAAAACUGCAGCAGGUGCUGUUUCAUCAUUCACCCAGAAGGAUCUGGAGAUGGAGUCCUUAGUUUAUCGCCAUGACGGGAGCAAUGAGUUGUCCGAUGGGUUUAAUAUCACAGCAAGGGCGAGGGAGGGAAGCGGGGAGGGGCAGUCUGAUGACUGGAGGAGGGAGGUGCAUCUAGAUAUCGGCGUGCAGAUAAAAAUCUACCUUGAGAGUCAUCAAAAGCCACCAACAGUCAUAAAUAAUCAUCCAGUGGUUGUGGCAGAGGGGCACAAUGUGUCCUUAAACAAGGCCCAUUUAGAGGUGGUCCAUGGGGAGAGCCAGCCUUCAGAGAUAGUCUUUAUAAUCCAAAAGCCACCAACUCUGGGAUGGAUCGAGAGGUUUUCCAAUGAGAAAAAGCGUCGAAUAAAAAAUGGACGACGCCUCUUUCAGGAACUCAAACGGCAGCCAACAGCCUCUUUCACCCAGGAGGACAUUAACAAGGGAUUGGUCAUCUACCAUCAGAGGACUAUGGGAAGCAGCAAUGACUCUGCUCUCUUAGAAGCCACCAAUGGCCUCACCAAGGUUGGACCCAUAAGAUUGGAGAUAGAUAUCAUUCCUUCAUUGCUGCCAUUAAAGGUCUCUGAUCUGAACCUGGAUGAGGGGUCGUCCCUGCCGCUCACACCUGACAUCAUCACGAUAGACAGUCAUCAUUUCUCAGGGCUGAAUUUCCUCUAUCAGAUUGUUAUACCUCCACGACACGGACACUUGGAGCACAGUCGGAUUCCAGGAAUGCCGAUCAGUGCAUUCACGCACACUGAGGUGGAACGAGAGUACAUUUCCUAUAUCCACGAUGGCAGUGACACAGUGAGAGACAACUUCACCAUCAUGGCUAAUCUCACAGAGCACCAGAAGCACAGUCUGCCCUGUACCAUCCACAUCAAUGUCACACCUGUCAAUGAUGAGACACCUGUUGUUACAAACAACCAAGGUCUGAAGGUUUGGGUGGGUUCUGUGACAGAAAUCUCUGCGGACGCGCUAAGUGCAGAGGAUUUAGACACUCCACCCGAGUCGCUUGAGUUUAUCGUCACACCACCCAGUAAUGGUUUCCUGGCUCUCAGGAGUUCCUCUUCGAGACACAUCCUGAACUUCACGCAGAGUCACAUUGCAAAAGGCCAGCUGGUCUUUGUGCACAGCGGUGAUCUGUCUGGUGGUUUCCACUUUCAAGUUAAUGACGGUGUGAAUUUUGCUCCUCGCCAGAUCUUCCGCACUACAGCUCAUUCUCUUGUUCUUACACUCCAAAGAAACCAUCCAAUUGAGGUGUACCCAGGUUCAUUGACGCCAAUUUCUGAGCAGGAGCUUCAGGUGCUGACAAACGACCCCACUGACCUCAGAAGAAACCAGACUGUCACGUUUACCGUGACCGUUCCUCCAAACCUUGGCCGCUUGGUCUGUCACAUGUCAGACAACUCUACUCAAGACAUUUCUACAUUUACACAGAGCAUGGUGAAUUCAGGUGUAAUCCUCUAUGAUCAGAACAAGCCAGAGUCGGUGGGAUGGCUGGCCUCAGAUACAUUUUCUUUUACUGUGUCUUCUCCUCCGGCCUUCCUCCCACCAACCACCUUCACAAUACUGAUCUCCUAUGAGGCAAACAAACAUCGUCAUCAUCAAUACAACACCAAACUCUCCAACAACGCAGGUGCUGUGGUGUCAGAGGGGGGCAGGGUUACAAUUGACCAAUCUAAACUCGAUGCUUCUAAUCUCCUGGGGAAAGUGCCGACGCCACUACAGAAAGAUCACCAUGUCGUUUAUCAUGUGAUUUCCCUGCCACACCACGGCACUUUGUCUAUCCAAGGAUGUAACCUUACCAGUGACCAGCCGGAUUUCUCUCAGAUCACAUUAAACAAAUUUGGCAUCACAUACAUCCACGAUGACUCUGAAACCACUAGUGACAGCUUCACUUUUAAAGCCUGGGUGGCUCCCAUGGACACCCACUCACCUUCAUCCCCAUCUCACAUGUCUGCUUUUUCCAUGGAUUCUUCCUCAUCGCUGUUUUACUCAACCGCAUCCUCCCUUUCAUCAGUGGACUUGAUGUCUUUUGACUAUGUCAAGGACAGCCUGCCCGUGACAGAGACUUUUAACAUCACGGUGAUGCCUGUCAACGACCAACCGCCGCUGAUCAGGAACAGAUCUCCUAGUAUGAAGGUUGUGGUUGGAGAGAGAGUAAUUCUUGGACCGGACAACCUGCAGGUUGAAGAUCAUGACACCCCUCCAGAGGAGCUGCAUUACCUUGUGAUCAGUAAGCCUAACAACGGCUACCUGACGCUUGGCGAAAGACCAGAACCAGUCACGUCUUUCACCCAGUACGACGUUAACCACAGCCGGCUGCAUUUUAUACAGCAGGGGGAACCUUCAACUGGAGUUUUCUACUUCAACGUCACUGAUGGUCAUCAUCGUCCACUGUACAAACGCUUUAGUUUGGAGGUGAUUAAGCCCUUUGUCUCCAUUGUGAACAACACUGGCCUGUCAUUGGUACAAGGAAGGACUGCAGUGAUCUUGACAACUAACCAACUCGCAGCUCAAACAAACAGUCGUACCCAAGCUAACAUCACCUACACUGUUACCACACACCCUCGUCAUGGACGCAUUGCCAUAAACGACCAGGAAGUCAUGACCUUCUUCCAUGAGGAUCUCCAACAUGGCCGUGUCGUCUACCACAUGACUGAUCUCAGCGAAUCGGAAGACAGUUUUCAAAUCUCAGUAUCAGCCUCGGCACCAGGUGUCGAGUUUGGAAACGUGACUGCACAAACGGUAAAGGUAAUCGUGCGGCCGCUCAUCUAUCUGCGAGAACCAGUGAGAGUCCCUAGUGGCAUUGCUGUGAAACUGGGAAAAGCUAUGAUGGACGCUUCCGAACUGGCGAGAAUCAGCAGAGUCAAUCCGGUCUUUGAGGUUCUAUCUCCACCAAAACAUGGAAAACUUGUCAAGAUGACUUAUGACCCCAAAGGCGCCCCAGAAGUCCUGAAGUCCUUUACUUUCCGUGAUGUGGUGCAAGGACGCGUUGCAAUCGAGGAGACGCUGAGCGACAGUGAUAGUCAACCUCUGAGUAACAAAUCCUUACCAACGACGACUCUAGGCCACGCCCCCGCAACGCCUCGCAACGAUUCUUUCGUCUUCCUGCUGAAGGCUGGAAACGUCCAGCCAGCUAAAGGUGAGCUUCACUUUACCAUCUUACCUCACCACCACAUGCAUCACAGGCCUACUGGCUCGAAAAAAUCGGAUGGUGCGAGUAGUGAACACAAGACGACACGGAACAAGACCACUACGGAAGCGGGAAGAGGAGGGGGGCGAAAGGGGGUCCCCACAUCCAACAGGGUGGAAGUGGAUUUGCACCCUCACAUUCUGACACAUAAGAACCACAAUAAGACACACCAUAAGCAGAGAUCUCACCACCGUGUGGCUAACCACACUCGCAGUGGGGUUCAUGGCAGCAGGUCAGGGAGUGGUGUGGAAGGACCAAUGUGGGGGGGUGGAUCACCCCCGCAGCCUCGCCCCCACGCUGAGCCAGAACAAGGUCCGGCAAAGCCUCCUGAUACACGUCCAAUUCACGUUGAGGUUCUCCCUCGACCCGCCUCGGACCCGUUGCUUAUUAUCCUGCCUCUGCUGGCCUGUUUGCUCCUCAUCGUCAUCCUUGUGGUGUUGAUCCUGGUUUUCCGACACCGAAAAGAGAAGCAAGCCAGGAUGCGUCUCCUUCAGGAGCUCGCUGCAGUUCAUUUACCUUCUGAGGGCAGCCCAUUCUUGGGCAGACCAGAGCGAAGCAUGGCCGCACCGUCUGUGAUGGUCACCCCGCUCACUGCGGCCAGCUGUCCCACCUCACCGAGGGCACCGGAAGGCCCCAGGAGGCGGAGUCUGGCACCAGGUAUGACCUUCUGGGGGCCAUUUGAUACUGAGGCUACGAGCAGUGAAGAGAAUAUGAGACAUUAUGAAACUAACACAAGGGAGAAAGUUAUUGGUAGAAGUUCAUUACCAGCCAUCUCUGUAGAAUUCAAGACCUCUCACAGAUCCAAAUCUCCCAUUGCAACGCUUAAAGACAACCAGUAUUGGGUUUAA